AUUGUCAUAUUACUGAACUUCACUCUUCUUUAUCUCACCAUGGAGAAGUUUCUUCUUCAUAUUGUCACCUUGGUGAUAUUUCUUCCUCCCUGUAUUCUCACCUUGGUAAAGUUUAAUCUCCACUACACUGAUAUCUUGGUGGAAGUCUACUGUUAUCAACACGGUGGAGGUGACCUUCUCCAUUAUAACCUUGAUGGGGCUUACUCUUCGUAUUGCCAUUUUGGAGGAGUUCACCUUUCAUAUUGUCUCCUUGAUGAAACAAUCUCUGUCACACUGCCAUCUUGGUGGAGGUCUGCUUCUGUUAUCAACAUGGUGGAGGUGACCUUCUCCAUUAUCACCUUGAUGGAGCUUACUCUUCGUAUUGCCAUCUUGGUGGAGGUCUGCUUCUGUUAUCAACACGGUGGAGGUGACCUCCAUUAUCACCUUGAUGGAGCUUACUCUUCGUAUUGCCAUCUUGGAGGAGUUCACCUUUCAUAUUGUCUCCUUGAUGAAAGAAUCUCUGUCACACUGCCAUCUUGGUGGAAGUCUCCUUGAUGAAAGAAUCUCUGUCACACUGCCAUCUUGGUGGAGGUCUGCUUCUGUUAUCAACUCUUGAUAGAGAAUUACCCUCUGGGGAAAUUUGCAUAUUGUCCACUCCACAGGGUGGUUGGUGUUAGGAUGGGCAUCCAGCUGUAAAAACCCUGCCAAGAGAGACACAGUAGCCUGGGGUAGUCGUCUACCUGGCUGGAUCCUGUCAACCAUCCUACUCAUGCAUGCAUGAAGUUGGACAUUAAAUGAUGAUGAAGAUUGUCUUCUAAGAGAAACUUAACCGUUUAACAUUUUAUCCAGCCAUACCGGAACCAAAUAUUCUAUUUGGUUUUUGUUCAAACCAUUUAGAUCUAAUCUCUUACAGCAACCUUACAAUGUCAUUCUAAAAAUAAACAUUUCAUUAUCAUCAUCAUUGUCGUUUAACAUCCGCUUUCCAUGCUGGCAUGGGUUGGACGGUUUGACUGAGGCCUGGCAAGCCUGAAGUCUG